AUGGGAGUACUUGCUGCAAUUCAAGACGGAAAUAAGAAAGGACACAAUCUCAGAUUGACCAUAACAGAUUUGGAUGGUCACAUUUACUAUGCACAUGGCAAUGAACAAACAGCCGCAAAACUUCUUGACGCAUUCAAGACUACAAAGAGAGAACAAAUGGUUGACUCCGACUCAGACAUUUUGAAUGCAAUUGAAGGAAUUGCAAGUGUCAAGUUCGAAUGGUACCAACCUAACCCUCAAGCAGUCAGACAACAUGCUGGAUACUUCCCGUUCAUAAAUAAGUCUGACAUUGACUUGACAAGGUAUGGAAUUUACAAUUCAAUUGAAACAAUUGUCAAUGAACCUUGUAUUCUUACAUGUCUCAGGAACUCUGGUCUUGUUACAGAUGAGAAGAUGAAGUAUCUUGAGUCAUGUGUGAAGACAAGGUACAUUCUCAGAGGUCAAUUGGCAAAAAUUGCACCGUUGGCAAAUGUCAAUAUCCGAGUCAACAUACCUACAGCUAAAGGUUCUUCACAUGACGACUAUGUUGUUGACAAAGACUUACCAUGGUUGAAGAUUGUAAUUGUCCACAACCACUU